AAUAAAUACAGUAGUAACGUCAAUAGUGCUACAUCACAACCAGUGCUAGCCAAGAUCCGCAACAACAACGCUAAGGUUACAGUUAAAUUAGCCACAUUAGCUACAUUAGCAAGGGCUAGCUAAGAAACAAAAGCUCAGAUGUAUUGCCCAGUUUGCUGUGUGACAUUACAAUUACGUUAUAUUUUGGGGGAAUUAGGCUUAAUCUAUCGAAGAAUCGACCAAAAAUACUGAAUGUAAGAAAACCUAAUCAUUACCAUUUCAAGAGAUCAGCUAGCUACCCGGUUAGGCCAGCCUUGUGUUGUGUAGCAGCAGACUGCACCACCAGCGGAAAUUGCGCAAUGAGAGAGUAUUGCCGCAUUCACAAAAAAGUGUACUAUACUAUACAAGAGGAAGGGUCCUUGGACAAUGUCAGUUGCAGUGGAGACUUCUGUAGCCGGGUUGCCUCGCCCAUCUCACUUCUCUCAUGCUGAGCAGUCCUUCUCUAUUAAGAAGCGAUGCCCUCCAUUCUCCUCAUCUUCAACGUCCACCUCAUCCUAUGCUUCUCCAACACAGCUCUCGCGGUCCGUGCCCCCCCUACCACCGUCCAAAGGAUGGCCCCCUUUAAGCAGGCUGUUUCCCCAUCAGCCAUCUCCAUUCACACCUUUAUCAAAAUCUCUGAACAAAUCACCCCCACCCAGUUCUGUAUAUGAUCCUAACAAACAGCAGACUUAUUUUAAUCAAUGUUUUACAAAUUUGGGUUUGCUUGGAAGAGGCUCUUUUGGGGAAGUAUUCAAGGUGCAAAGUAACAAAGAUGGCCACCAGUAUGCAGUCAAGCGCUCUGCACAUCGCUUCAGAGGAAACAAUGAACGGAGCCGAAGUUUAAGAGAAGCGAGAAAUCAUGAACGCCUGUCUCCACACCCGCACAUUCUGAAAUUUGUAGCAGCUUGGGAGGAGUGUGGUCGCCUUUUCAUCCAGACAGAGCUGUGUAACACAAGCUUGUUGCUCCAUGCUGAAAACCAGCCUCCUGGUCUUGAUGAGCCAGCAGCUUGGAAUUACCUUUGCGACCUCCUGUCAGCACUUGAACAUUUGCACUCUCAUGGCUUUGUGCACUUGGACCUAAAACCUGCCAAUGUCCUCGUCACUGAGUCUGGUCGUCUGAAAUUGGCUGACUUUGGACUAUUAUUUCAAUUCAAGAAAAAUGUUGGAGAGCAAACUGUCAAGGAAGAUAUGCAAGAAGGAGACCCCAGAUACAUGGCUCCAGAGCUGCUACAAGGAGAGUAUGGGCCAGCUGCAGAUGUUUUCAGUUUGGGUGUUUCCAUACUGGAGCUAGCCUGCAAUCUUGAGGUUCCUAAUGGAGGAGAGGGCUGGCAGCAGCUAAGACAAGGCUGUCUUCCUGCAGAGUUUACGAGUGGUCUCUCACCUGAGUUUCAGACAGUCCUGAAGCUGAUGCUGACUCCUGAACCAUCCAAGCGACCCACAGUCUCAGAGCUUCUCUCCCUCCCAUGUGUCAGGAAACGAAGGUGGAAGAGGCGCAUCUACCUUACAGUCACUGAGACUGUUCUUGCACUUAUCUUUCUCUGUCAGAAGGCAGCAUGCUUUGGCUGGAGAGUGCUAUUCUCUCUUCCUUGGUCGUUUGUUCCUUGGUCUAUGUCAGCCCCCUCUACUCCCCCCAAAGACAGUUGGGACAAAGACUUAACUCUCUCGCUCAGUGCCAUGAUGGCUGAGUCUGGAACACCUGAGGAGGAAUCUGUGUUUUUUGUGGAUCAAUUGGACCCAGAGCUCUCCCCUACAUUCUCCCACAGGUUAAAGUCAAGAUUGUCUUUGGAAAGCACAUCUACGCCUCUCCCUAGGUCACCCUCUCACUACCACCGAAGCCCUGCUCAUACACCUAAUCAUUCAGUUUUAAGAGAAUGGCCAUCCUGCCAUUUACCUCUGACCCCUUCCAGUAUAAAUUCAUUCAAUUCUUGUCAUGAUCUUUCACCAAAUGGAAGUCCCAUCAAAACUUCUCAACUCAGCCGUCAAUCAUCUGCCAAGUCCACUCAACGAAGUGGUCGCAACUGGGUCAGAGCUAAUGAACUUCUACAGAGACCAAACUUUGAGCCAAAGAACUUGCUGAGCCUUUUUGAAGAGACAGCCUGUGAUGGCGAGUCUUAAAUCUGUCAGGCACAUUGGUGAGGGUAAAAAAUAUAAGACUGUAUUAAUUGUGCUGGAACGCUUUGACAAAACAAUUUUGCCAUUUACUUGUUGACUUUGUAACUGCCUCUUUUGACUUUUAUUUAGGGAAUUGUCUUUGGGGGAAAAGGAGAGAUUCUAAUCUUGAACUUGAUGCUCUUUUUGUGUUUGUGCAAAUGCAAAUAUUGCUAAAAUGACAUGUCAUGAUGAAUUGUUUCCUAUUGUAAUGUAAGUUAUACUUUCUUUAGUGUAUUCAUGUCCUGUGUCUUAUGAUCGUCAGAAAAUACAUUUGUGAGAACCCAGA